AUCGUUCUCAGCGUCGGUUCUGCAGUUUUGAGACAGCACCGCGACACUGCAACGCACGGACGAGCAGCAUGGUCAACAAAAAGGAGGUGGCUGCGGCUUUUAUCGUUGCCGCGAAGGCGCUCGGCGUGGACGAGGAGGAGCUUGGCCAAUUGCUGUACUCCCUGUCGAAAUUAUCGGAGGAGGAGCUAUGCUUCUUUCCGAUAGGCGAUAGCAAGAAGACAAUCGUUGCGUUCGCGCGCGCGUCUAGGACAGGCGCGACCGAGUCCACCGUGAAAGAGCUGCUGCAGCGCGUCCUCGACAACGAGAGCGUCAUCAUGGACAAACAGAGCUUCAUCAUGGACAGCCAGAGCUUCAUCACGGACAUCGUGUGCGCGGGGCUGAAGCAUGCCUUCAAGCCGCCAAGUACCGGGAAGGCGUUGCUUGGCUCCAACAAGGAGUUCCGAGACCGCAUCGUCAAGUUCUACGGCAUGGGCAAGCGGCCGACGUGCAUGGUGCUAGGCAAGGCGCUGCCGAGCGAGUUCCUUGUGGCGGGCCAUCUAUACGCCGUGCGUUGGAAGCGGUACACACGUGCCAUCAUGGGCAGCGACUUCGAUGUAGACUCGCCCAGGAACGGCAUCAUUUGGUGCAGCGCCAUCGAGCACGAGUACGAGCACCAGCGCAUCUGCUUCUCACAGGGCGAAUAUGAAAACGAGUUCAUCCUGCAUGUGCUGGACAAGGACCUGCUGCCGAUGAAGCUGUCGUCGGUGGGCCAGCACAGGGGCGACCCUGCCUUUGAGGCGGCACUGGACGGCGUCACCUUUAAGGAUCUGAACGGGAAACAUUACACGUUUGCCGGUGCUGACGGCAAGGGGCCUUCCAACCGCGCGCUGGCCCUGCACGCCAAACUUGCCCUGGAGCGCUGCGCAAAGACUUACCCGCAAGACUUCGAGGCCCGGAAGUACCGCUUUGCGUACGAGUCGGUGCACGCGGGCAAGCAGGCGUUCAUCCACAAGUGGCUGAGCCAGUUGGACACUGGAAGCGUGGCGGAGGAGGAGGAGGAGGAGGAGGAGGAGGAGGAGGGGAUGGAGGAGGAGGAGGAGGAGGAGGAGGAGGAGGAGGAGGAGGAGGAGGAGGAGAAGGAGUAGCGGAGGGGGCCUGAGGUAGGCCGAGGCGCGCAGAGGUUCAGAAAGCGAUGACCCAGGAAGUGGUGGCUCAGCAGGACACUGGUGUCUAUGGUUAAGCCCGCAAGAUGCGUUGCUGCUGAGAGGCAGGCCGCACAUGAGACAGAAGACACGGUUCCUCUGGUGUGCGCCUGUUGAGAUAGUCCCUUUGUGCAGCUGGCACAAGGUGGUGGGGCUGGGGGGUAGAACCGUAACGCUGUAGGGCUUCAACUGCGCUCGGUUGACAGGAAGCUGGGCGAUCAGCAGGGGCGGGUGGGGUAGAGGUCUGUUCGAGAAUAUGCGUAAUGGGUAAUCAUGGACAUGGGUUAUUGACGUGCGUUGCGGAACUAAUGCGUACGUAGACCAGAGCGGAAGGCGGAGUGGGUAGGGCCUGUUGGAGGAUGGGUAGAGCAUGUGUAGCGGUGAAUGGCGUAGAUGACUGAUCAGAACCAUGAGAGGCACGCACCGAGCGCCUCUGUUCCAUGCCGACGGCUACACGUUGCGCACGAGUAAUCCGUCAAAACUCUUUUACGAG